AAUAUAAUUUGGUCGUUGACCUUUAUGAAGUUUUAAAAAAACAGUCCGGAGCCCGAAUCAUCCGAAUUUAUGGUGAUGUAGUUCAACUCUCAAAAGACUUAGAAAUUUCAGCCUUAGAAAGUGAUUGUGUUAUAUUAAUAGUUGCAAGGAGAGUUGAAAUCAAAUUAGGAUGCCAAAUUAUUAUUAAUAAUGAGAAGGAAAUCAAUUCUUUUAAACUAGUGAUAUAUACUAUGGAGAUGCCAAUAGGCCUUAGCGUUUGUAUGAAGUCGACUGGUAUUAAUAAGCUAUUCAAAAUUAAUAAUCAAUACAUUGGUGGAUCACUUUCUCUACAUAAAGGAGAUUUUAGUAAUAUAAAAAAUUUUGAUACUAAAAUUUUUCAAAAAGAGUCAUUCAAUAAAGUAUUGCAAUUCUCUUUACAAAUUGCAUGCACUUUAUUUUAUGAUGAACCGGAAGUUGCGCGGUCAAUUUUUACAUGGAUUGAUAAAAUAACUAAACAUUCUCAAUCAAAAGAAGUGAAGGAAUUAUAUCAUCAUGGAUUAACAAUGUUUGAACAAUCUAAACUUUUAAUUGAAAGGAGAAAAACAAAAUAUCAAAGAUCCUUUGUUCCACUUCUUGAUAAGAAAAAAUUCUAUGAGCGAAUUGAGAAAUUUAUGAGGACUGCAGAAUCUUAUGAAAGAAGUUAUACUGAAGUUUUAAGUAAUAAACAUAUUAAUAAAAUAGAAAAAGAAAGAUUAGAAUCAUUAUUAGUUAAUUGUAAUAAUAUGACAAAAUCACAUGAAGAUUUUGAAAGAGAUGAAAAUGGAUGUUAUCAAUCAGCGAUUAAUGUAAUGGAAGAAGCAAAAAAUAUUCUUAAGAAAAGAAAAGAUGAAGUUAAAUUUAAACGAAUUAAUUUCGAAAGAGAAAUCGAAUUAUGGAAGGAUAAAAUGAAAUCUCAAACAAAUAAAGAAUUGAUAAUUGCUAUUAUUGAAUUGUCUUUAUGUGUUGGUAAAACUGUUAUCCAGCCUAUUGGCAUAAUCGAUUUAAUUGAAACUGUAAACAAAGUAUCAGAUUCGAUUAAUACUACCGCUAAUAACAUAAAAAAAGUUACGGAGAUGGCCAAUAAUAUUAUACUUGCUGAUGGAUUUAUCCUAGCGGAAAUCACAAGAAAAGUAGAUGAAAUUAAAAAACUUGAGAAAGAAUCAGAAUGUAUUGGAGAUAAAAUUAAUAGUUCAAAAACAAAUAUGAUGACAGAAAGUGAAAAAAUUGAAUCAUUAGAUAUUGAUUCACUUACAAAAAUCCUUGAAACCAAUGAUCAAAAGGGAGUCCUGAUAAAUGCCGAAUGGAAG